GCGGAGAUAUUGCUUCGGCUAAGGCUUUGUUCAUGCUUGCCUGGUAUUGUUUAUAGUGCGACUAUAUGGAUGUGACAUCUUCAGCUGGCUCAGCAGUUGAGCAUAGAGGAGAACCGUAUGUGUGUGAUCAGGUGAAGACUGAGGAAGAUGAAGUUCCUAUAAAUACAGCUACAGGUCAUAUGGAUAUGAAGCCUUCAGAUGGCUCAGCGGUUGAGCACAGAGGAGAACCAUAUUUGUGUUAUCAGGUGAAGACUGAGGAGGAGGAAGUUCCUAUAAAUACGGCUACAGGGCAUCUAGAGGAAAACCCGGGCACUGGGCUAUUAAAUGUGAAGGAAGAGGAUGAGACAGAUGACAUGAAUAGUCAUCAGACUGAAAUACAUUGCUCCCUCCCUGCUGAUGAAGAUAACGCUGAUAUAGUGAAAGUUGAGAUAACAGAAGAUCUGUGUCUGGCUUAUCAACAGGGAGCCCUGGAUGACGAAACCAGUGACAGUAUCAACCCAGGUGAUGUUAAGACUGAAGUUACACUUAAUGCUGACCAAACAAAUGAUCUGUACGUAAAGAGUCAGCAGGAAGCUGUGAAGCAGGAAAUCAGUGGCAAUAUCAGUACAGGUAGUUCCAUACACUACAAUAAUCCCUGUUACAGUCAAAAUGCAGAUGCGUCUAUCAACCUUCUUCAGAAUCAAACCAGCCAUGUAGAAAAUGUAUGUUCUGAUUGUGGAAAAUGUUUUACUAAGAAAUCAUCUCUCAUUGGCCAUCAGAAAAUUCAUACAAGAGAGAAAGCAUUUUCAUGUUCUCAUUGUGGGAAAUCCUUUACUCAGAAAUCAUAUCUUAUUCGUCAUCAGAAAAUUCAUACAAGUGAGAAACCAUUUUCAUGUCCUGAAUGUGGGGAAUGUUUUACCUGGAAAUCGUCUCUUAAAUAUCAUCUUAUAAAUCAUACAGGAGAGAGAGGAUUUUCAUGUUCUGAAUGUGGGGAAUGUUUUACACGGAAAUCAAUCCUUAUUACUCAUCAGAAAAUUCAUACAGGAGAGAAAGCAUUUUCAUGUUCUGAAUGUGGAAAAUGUUUUAUCCAUAAAUCAAAUCUUAAUAAUCAUCAGAAAAUUCAUACAGGGGAGAAAGCAUUUUCAUGUUCUGAAAGGGAGAAAAGUUUACUCUGAAAUCAUCUAACACAAGUGAGAAAAGAUUUUCAUGUUCUGAAUGUGAAAAAUCUUUUACCAAGAAAUGAUAUCUUAUUGACCAUCAGAAAAUUCAUACAGCAAAGAAAGCAUUUUUAUGUUCUCACUGUGGGAAAUGUUUUACUCUAAAAUCAAAUCGUAUUACUCAUCAGAAAUUAAUACAUGUAAGAAACCAUUUUCAUGUUCCGAAUCUUGGAAAUGUUUUAACUUAAAAUCGUCUCUUAAAUAUCAUCAUAAAAUUCAUUGAGGAGAAGGAUUUUUAUGUUCUGAAUAUAGAAAAUAUUUUAUUCAGAAAUCACAUCUUAUUACUCAUCAGAACAUUCAUAUUAGAAGAAAUCAGUGUUUAACAUAGUAAGUACAGAAACAUAGUCCUUAUCUGCACAAUACCUAGAAUACUGAUGAUUAUAUGUCUUCCUCUGGGGGGGGUGCUUUUGGAGUGGUUUGAGGCCCCCUCUGCACCUGAAGCUUGAUUACAAGAUGGCCUAGUGUGUUCAUUAUCACUAGGAUGGCGGAGGAUCCGGGAUUUGUUAAAAAAAAAAGUUUAAAUAGCCAAGUUAUCACCUGGUGUAAAUAAAAUAAAAAUGUAUUGUAUUAUAGGUUUAUAGAAGGGAACCCUAUGUGCAGAUCAAAGUUAUAUAAAUAUACCCAAAGACGGGGGAGGAGCCAACUACGGAGACAGCCGGACGUGUUCUUAUGAAGCUCCUAGCUUUCAGAUAUAAUUAUAUGAUCUAACUUAUUCAUAAGGGGCUUAAAUUUUCCCUUUGCUACCUCGGAACACUAAUUUUUGUCUGCUAGGCAGCUGAGGAGUCUAGAGAUAAGUCAAUUCAAGUAUAUAUCCCUGAUCUACCUUCCUAAGCUACGCCACGAGGGCUCUCCAGGAUCUAUCUACUCCUACCGACACAGCAGUUAUGGAGGCCUCAGCUAUAACACCCAUUGGAAAACAAUAGUGUAAGCUGCCUCAUUAAUAUUGAAGCACUAGCUUAGUUAACACCCUGUGACACACCUCUCCCUAUCACAGGCAAAUGUUUGUUUAUGUAUUCCCUGUUUUUUACAACUGUGAAUGAUAGUUUAAACUAGAUAAUACAUUGUAAUUUUGUACUUGGAAUCACAUGAAAAUAGUUAUAAUGGUUGUUAUGCUGGCGUGUGUGAAAAGUUCUAAGUAUCAGGACCCCUAAUACUACAAGACGUAGAACUCAAUUACAACACCCACUAGAGAAUAGCAGUAUAUAAUAUGUUUGCAGACUUGGCUUGUAUGCAUUGUUUAGACUCACAUAUCUGAACGUUAUGAUAUAUAAAAGGAGACUGGAUUAACCCAUUAUAGCUUCGCCCCCCCAUAAUGGGUCCUUUACCCACUUUCCUCUAACUUAAGCGUCUCUUGCCCGCUGUAAUCUUUCAUCUCUUUCAUAGUAUACUUAUUAGCUAUAUCCCCCCAUGGCCACAGAUCUCAUAUACAACAAAACAGUAUCUCAGCUCUCUACUAUUAUACUGUAACUACUUAACGCCUAGAUUUAGAGUUCUGCGUUAGCCAUUAAAACCAGCGUUAGGGGGUCCUAACGCUGGUUUUGGUCUACCGCUGGUAUUUAGAGUCUUGUAGGUAAGGGUCUAACGCUCACUUUCCAGCCGCAACUUUUCCAUACCGCAGAUCCCCUUACGUCAAUUGCGUAUCCUAUCUUUUCAAUGGGAUCUUUCUAACGCCGGUAUUUAGAGUCUUGGCUGAAGUGAGCGUUAGAAAUCUAACGACAAGACUCCAGCCGCAGAAAAAAGCCAGGAGUUAAGAGCUUUCUGGGCUAACGCCGGUUCAUAAAGCUCUUAACUACUGUGCUCUAAAGUACACUAACACCCAUAAACUACCUAUGCACCCCUAAACCGAGGCCCCCCCACAUCGCCGCCACUCUAUUAAAAUUUUUUAACCCCUAAUCUGCCGACCGCACACCGCCGCAACCUACAUUAUCCCUAUGUACCCCUAAUCUGCUGCCCCUAACACCACCAACCCCUAUAUAUUUAUAACCCCCUAAUCUGCCCCCCCCCCCAUGUCGCCGCUACCUACCUACAAUUAUUAACCCCUAAUCUGCCGACCGGAACUCACCGCUACUAUAAUAAAUGUAUUAACCCCUAAUCCGCCUCGCAAACCCUAUAAUAAAUAGUAUUAACCCCUAAUCUGCCCUCCCUAACAUCGCCAACACCUAACUUCAAGUAUCAACCCCUAAUCUGCCGACCGGACCUCGCCGCUACUAUAUUAAAUGUAUUAACCCCUAAAGCUAAGUCUAACCCUAACACUAACACCCCCCUAAGUUAAAUAUAAUUUAAAUCUAACGAAAUAAAAUAAAUCUUAUUAAAUAAAUUAUUCCUAUUUAAAUCUAAAUACUUACCUGUAAAAUAAACCCUAAUAUAGCUACAAUAUAAAUAAUAAUUAUAUUGUAGCUA